CCCCGCUCCUCGCCUCCGUCCCUCCUACGAGCCAGGAUGGAGAAGAGCGCCGAGCAGCCCGAGGGCCCCGGCGGGGAGCAACAGCCGGCCGAUCGGGGAGCUUCCGGUUGGAUCGUGUCAGAAGUGAUGCCGCCGCCACCACAAAAUGAACAGAAGGCUCCCCUGGUGGGGAAGGCAGAGGCUCAGCCGGGCCACCAGACCCCCCCAGCCUUCCACCCAGCUGCAGCUGUGACGCUGCCAGCCCCAAACGAAGUCCCCGGUGCCAAGACUCCCACCACACCUGUCUCGGAAGCAAGUUCUGCCCUCCAGACUCGCCAGGCCAGCCCCCUGCCUGCCGUCCCACUUCCGGAAGCAGAGAGCUUGCCCCCUAAGAGUGAUCGCCCCCCACCCAUUGGAGCCCCGAGUCCGCCUCAAAGAGAGGAGACGCGUGGCAGUGCCCACCUGCCCCCCAAGAGCGAACAGCCUCCCCCUGCCCAGGGUUCACCCACUCCCAGGGCAAAACAAGAUUCUCAGAAGGCCCAAGCGAGACACAGGAUGGCCAGGGAGCGUCGUGAAGAACGAGCCAAACAUCUGGUCUCAUUUUUAAUAUCCAAAUGCCAUAAUAAAUUCAUUUUUGCUUCUUUCAAGCAGAAAGUCCGUAUACAGGAGCUCUACGAAGCCGCCAUCCAGCGCUCCGUGAAGAAAACCUGGGCUGAAAUCCGGCAGCAGCGAUGGUCGUGGGCUGGAGCGCUGCACCACGGCUCCCCUGUACACAAGGAGGGUGCAAGCAGGUGCUCUCUCUCUGCUGUAAAUCUCCCCAAACAUGUGGACUCUAUAAUCAACAAGCGCCUCUCCAAAUCUUCUGCCACUCUCUGGAACUCGCCCAGUAGAAAUCGUAGUCUUCAACUAAGUGCUUGGGAGAGCAGCAUCGUGGACCGGCUGAUGACCCCAACUCUCGCUUUCUUGGCCCGCAGCAGAAGCGCUGUGACGCUAGCCGGCAAUGGCAAGGAGCAAGUUCCUGUGUGCCCUCGCUCAGCUUCUGCCAGCCCAGUAAGCCCCUGCAAAAACCAGCGUGUACACCGUUGUGCGGAGCGACGGCGGCCAGCAACCACCAGCCCUGAUGUAACCCCCCGGAAUAAGCCUCACUCCUCUCCUCAUCAGAAAAAGAAAGAAAAGAAAGACAAGGAUCGAGAAAACGCCCAAGAAAAGAGUGCCUUAGCCCUCCGCAAACGCCAUUCUACGCCUUCUGGCCAGGCGCGUCAGCUGCAUGUACCCGAAGGCAGCCCGAGCCCCAAGUCCAAGCCAGCCUUGCCGGCUGUGGCCAAACAGCGCCCAGCCUCGUCAAGCCCAGGACCCAGCACUUCGCAUCGGGCAAGCCUGGCUCACAGUGCCCAGUCUUCACCCAAGAGGCGAGUUCGCAGGGAGCCCGAGGGCCAACCAAAGGCCCGUGAAUGCAAGAAUGAACCGAAGGAACGUGGGGCAGCUUCUCCAGCCCUGGAGGACAACUUGAAGGCAGCAGUUAACAGUGAAACACCAGCAGAAGUCACUGCCCCCUCUGGGACUGCCAGCCCGAUGCCUCCACCUCCUCCCUCAACGCCAGGCAAACCGAUGGCUGGCACCACAGACCGAGAAGAAGCUGCUAGAUUGCUGUCUGAGAAACGGCGGCAAGCGCGGGAACAGCGGGAGAGGGAGGAGCAGGAGCGGAAGGAGCAAGAGGAGCAGGAGCGGCGCCAAGCGGAGGAGCGGGCUCAGCAAGAGGCCAGAGACCGCCUGCAGCAGCAGGUUGAGCUGGCUAGGCAGGAGGAGGAGCUGGCCCGGCAGGAGGAGCAGGAGGCCCAGGAACGGGCCCGGGCAGAGCAGGAGGAACAAGAACGGCUGCAGAAACAGAAGGAGGAAGCUGAGGCUCGGGCCCGGGAAGAGGCUGAACGCCAACGAGUGGAACGAGAGAAACAUUUCCAGAAAGAAGAACAGGAACGGCUGGAGAGGAAGAAGCGUCUGGAAGAGAUCAUGAAACGGACGCGAAAAGCAGAGGGAGCUGCUGCAAGGAAGAAAGAGGACAAGAAGAUGGUGAAUGGCAAGGAAGAGAAACAAGAGGGCGGAAUGGGCCCAGAUGGCAAGAAAUACCCUGGGAGUCUCCCCAAGGAAGAAGAGCUGCCAGAGAUGCAACCCUCAAGUCCGGCCAGUCGCAAAGGGCUGAGUCCAGAGGGCAUACAGCACAGCUUGUUUUUCAAUCUUACCUCUUAA